CCGCGCACUCCGUGCUCCACCCACCCCGUCUAAAAUUCCACACUGCCACACACACACUCGCCAGGAAUCUUCUUCCUCGCCAAAUUAACAGAAGCUACACGUUUAAUGCAAUGGCGAUAACGGCGAGCAUGCGGAGCAAGCGUCCCCUCGUCUUCCUCGUUUCCGUCCUCCUCCUCGUCUCUGCCGUCCGGUGCUACGACGGCGGGCGCAACGGCGUCAUGCGGUUCGCCAUGGCGCGCCGCUCCCGCCUGGGAAUCAUCGGCCGGAACGCUCUCCACCGCCGCGCCACGAUGCCGCACCGGUACAUCCUCGCGGAGAAGAGCAAUUCGACGGGAGCAAGCCAGAAAAACCACAGCUCCCCGGCGGCUUCGACCAACAACGCCACCUCGCCGCCGCCGGCACCCGAGCAGCAGGGCGGCCAGGGCAAGCGCCACCGCAGCCACAACAAGCACCGGGUGCGUAACUGGAUCAUCGGCUUCGUGGUGGGUUCCCUGGCAGGCGUCAUCUCCGGGCUGGGCAUGUCCGUGCUGUUCCGGCUAGCCCUCAACUGCAUCCGCGGCCGGUACCGGAGCAAGUCCGGCACGGUGAUCUUCACCCCGAAGCUGAUCAAGCGGGCCGACCACCUGGCCUUCCUGGAGAAGGACGACAUGCUUUCUUCCCUGGUCGUGAUCGGGCGCGGCGGCUGCGGCGAGGUGUUCAAGGCGGCGCUGCCCUUGGACCCGGCGCGCGAGGGGGAUCAGGAGCAAAAGUUCAUCGCCAUCAAGAAGAUCAAGAAGCAGUUCGGCGACGGGCCCGGCCCAGCCAACCUGAGCGACGAGGAGAGCCGGCAGCUGGACAAGUGGACCCGGCAGAUCCAGUCGGAGAUCCGCACCGUGGGCCACAUCCGGCACCGCAACCUGCUCCCGCUCGCGGCCCACGUGCCGCGGCCCGACUGCCACUACCUCGUCUACGAGUACAUGAAGAACGGCAGCCUGCACAACGCGCUGAAGCCGGCGCCGGCGCCGGAGGAGACGGAGGAAGGGCGGGUGGUGCUGACGUGGCCGGCGAGGCUCCGGGUGGCGGUGGGGAUCGCGGCGGGGCUGGAGUACCUGCACGAGUCGCAGCAGCCGCAGAUCAUCCACAGGGACCUGAAGCCGGCCAACAUCCUGCUGGACGACGACAUGGAGGCCCGGAUCGCGGACUUCGGGCUGGCCAAGGCCAUGCCCGACGCGCAGACGCACGUGACCACGUCGCACGUGGCGGGCACCAUGGGGUACAUCGCGCCCGAGUACCACCAGACGUACAAGUUCACGGCGAAAUGCGACGUGUACAGCUUCGGGGUCAUCCUGGCCGUGCUGGCCACGGGGAAGGAGCCCACGGACCAGUUCUUCGUCACGGAGGUGGACGAGGUCGGGCUCGUCAAGUGGCUCCGCCGGGUCGUGCAGUGCGGCGACUACGCCGAGGCCAUCGACCCGGCCAUCGCCGGGGCUGGGCACGAGGAGCAGAUCCUCCUCGUGCUGCGCAUCGCCGUAUUCUGCACCGCCGACGAGCCCAAGGAACGGCCCGCCGCCAAGGACGUCCGCUGCAUGCUCGCACAGAUCAAGACUACGCCCAGUAGUUAAUAAUUACUCCGUAGCGUAUUCGUGGUGCUACUGCUAUAGUACUAGUAUACAGCUCGGUGCAUAAUUAAGGGCGCAGUCGUCGUGAAUUGAUCACGCAUAAGUAAGUGCAUAGCCGGCCUGCUCUUCUCUGCGUGCUCGAGUAAGGCAGUCAGCUCUUGAACAAGCUUAGCUUUACUCCAUAUGCCAUUCGUCAACAAUUCGGUAAUGCGUCAAUAUUGUGUGUUAGUUUGUAGAAUUGUGUGGCAGUGCUGCUGCUGGUCAGCAAAGACCAAUUCUGGGGCCUCGAAAGAGAGCCUGUGUACACGCGGCGUGCCGCGAUCUCUCAAUCGACCUUGGUUAAUUAACAAGGUCAACGAGCACUUUAUAGGAAAAGAAAACGGUUUUGCUAUA